UGGUAGCUACCUUCUUUGUAGCCUCACUGCGUCAUAAUCUCUCUGUUUUGUUCAAUUAUUAUGAAUAAAUUUCUGUUCUGAUAGGUACUUUCUGAGUCGAUGUGAAGAAGAAUAUUGAUGUUUAAUUUCUUCCAUUCACAUUCCUGGAGCUGGUUGCCGUACUUUUAUUUCACUAUAGACCUUCGUGAUCAGUAUAUAGAAGCAGCCAAGAGCCUCACAUAUAAAUCUCUUUCUCUUGUCUGAUCUUUAUCAUAAACUAGAUUCGUGAUCGUGUCUCUUUCACCAACCAAGCAAUUCUCAGAUGCUCUGCUUUUAUCGGAUUCUCCUCCUCCUCCUCAGAAAAACCAUUGAACGUUCCAACAGUCCAAUAUCUUUCAAGCGGACACGGAGGGAAGAUUCCAUGGAUCUGGUGAACGAGCCUAUGAACAACCAAGGUUUAGGCAAUAAACAUGAACUAGUGUUCAUGAGUUUCUCGAGAGGUGAAGACACUCAAGAAUCUUUCCCUUCCUGUCUGUAUUCAUCUACAAGGAAUGCUGGAAUUUCCGUUAUCAAAGAUGAUGCCGAUGAGCUUAACAGUGAAAAUGAAAUCUCAAUUGAACUGCUACGAAGCAUGAUGGAAGGUUCUGGAUUUUCAAUCAUCAUCUUCUCUGAACAUUACGCGAGUUCCAGAAGGUGCCUCGAGGAACUCGUAAAAAUCAUGUAUCUUCAAAAAGUAGGGUACAUUCAGGUAGUUAUGACCAUAUUCUAUGGUGUGGAUUUAUUAUAUGCUCGUGAUCAAACACCUAAUUUUGGACAAGCUUUUCAAAGUCUUAUACAAAGAAUUUCACCCACUAAAGAUCAAGUGUUGAGGUGGAGGACGGCUUUCAGUGAAACUGAAUACACGGCUAGAUUUGUUGUCCCUAAUUCCAAGUCCAAGUAAUUUAUUUUUCUUUUCAUUUUACGUUUUAUUCAUGCUUUGUAAUGGAAGCUUAAUUUAUGUGACACAAUUAACAUGUGAUUUUGUGAAUUGACUUGUAUUCUUUGAAUUGACACAAUUAACA